CUCCACCCCCUUCUCCCGCAACCUACCUAGCUCGACGCCGCCCCACCUGUGACAAGGACCACCACGCUUCUCCUUCACAACCCUCGUCAUCGCCACAGUAUAGAAACCUGCAGGCCAAUCAGUGUUUCAACCUUAAUCUCACGUUACUUCCCAUUGACACAACUCUCAGAUGUGACCCUGGCGUGAACGUAUGAUAACAUGGACGAUAACCUCAGUGUUGCUGGAUCACAAGACCAGUAUUUACUGGUGCGUCACGACCACUCCGCAAGACUGAGAUUAUGAUUGAGUAAUUGUGACGUAGUGAGAGGCUUCAUUACGUAGUGAGAGGCUUCAUUACGUAGUGAGAGGCUCUUUUACGUAGUGAAAGGCUCCGUGAUGCAGUGAGGUGCUCCUUAACGCAGUGAGAGGCUCUUUGACGAAGUGAAAGACUGACGUAGUGAGAGGUUCCAUAACGCAAUUAGAGGCUUUUUUACGUAGUGAGAGGCUCCAUAACGCAGUGAAAUUUUCUUUGGCGUAGUGAGAGGCUCUUUGAUGAAGUGAGAGGUUCCAUAACGCAGUGAGAGGCUCUUUGACGUAGUGAGAGGCUCUUUGAUGAAGUGAGAGGUUCCAUAACGCAGUGAGAGGCUCUUUGACGUAGUGAGAGGCUCUUUUGCGCAGUGGGAGGCUCUUUUGCGCAGUGGGAGGCUCUUUGAUGAAGUGAGAGGUUCCAUAACGCAGUGAGAGGCUCUUUGACGUAGUGAGAGGCUCUUUGACGAAGUGAGAGGCUCUUUGACGAAGUGAGAGGCUCCGUGACGCAGUGAAAGAUUCCGUGACGCAGUGAAAGAUUCCGAGAUGCAGUGAGAGGCUCCAUGGCGGGGUGAGAGACUACUUUUACGCGGCCUUGCAUACGCCGAGAGAUUAGAGACCAACAAUAGAUGGCGGUGUUCUUGAAACUGUGUCGCCAGCGUAGUCGAGUCAAGAUACUAGUGCCUUGCUAACGCUCGGGAGAAGACAUGGCGAUCAAUAUGUCAUGGACAGCAUGGGCGGAGGACCCAGUAGAAGCAGCAGCAUUAGGAGUCGCUCCCAAGUUGUCGGACAUGACGUGCAACGAGACUUGUUGCUCCUACAUCAACCAGGGCAACAAAACCUUCUGCUUCAGCGAUAUGGAUUUCCCCAGGAACCUCACGGACACACCAGGCUGGGAGCUGGGUAUCAGGUGGACCUUCGUCACCCUGAUAGUGUCCGUGGCCGUGAUGGGUAACCUGUCCGUUAUCAUCAUCCUCAUGAAGAACCGCUUGUUGCUCAGGACCUCCGUCAACCACUUCAUCCUCAAUAUGUCCGUCGCUGACCUCAUCACUGCCAUCGCCGGGCCAAUACCCUUCACCGUGCGGGACACCAGUAACUUCUGGCCGCUGGGGGAAGCAUGGUGCUACCUAGAGGGCUUUAUACAGAUGUUGGUGAUGCUGGUGAGUGUGACGUCACUGGCCACCAUCAGUUGUGACCGCAUGGUGGGUGUGGUGUAUCCCUUCCACCAGCACUUCAAGUACUGGCAGUCGGCCGCCAUCAUCUUGGCCAUCUGGAUCAUGUCAGCGGCCAUUGCUGUUCCUUUUGGUCUCUACAGGGUGUACACGGUACACAGGUGGAAAGACUUAACGGAGCGGACGUGUGAAGAGAGUGAGAUGAUCCUCACUUGGUGGAUUGUGGUGGUGGUCGCCCUCAACAUUCUGCCCCUCACCAUCAUGGUAAUCUCCUACUCCAUCAUCUUCGUCAACUUCAGCAAAUACACCAACAGGGUCAGAGGACGAGAGCACCCGGCCAUCCUGCAUCUGAAGAAGAGGGUAGUAAGGAUGAUGUUCGUGAUAGUGAUCCUCUUCAUCGUGUGUUGGAUGCCCUUCCAGGUCACCCAGUUGGCCCGAGACCACUUCAUCAACCAACAAGGCGCCCUCAAACCCGAGCUCCAGAAGACGUACAACAAUCUCCUGACGGCGUCGCAGUACAUGAUCUACGUCAACCCUGCUGUUAACUGCAUCGUGUACGCCCUCAUGCACCAGACAUUCAGGAGAGCCUUUAGGGUCACUUUCCCCUGGAUCUUCAAGAGAAAGUCGCUGUUUGUGUUGACUCCUGGCCAAGGGAAUCGUGGCUUCAUGUGGUCAGUGCGGUCUACACAACACAACGGACGCCCCAGAGCUGCUUCUCCCAGUAGACGAUCUUUGUUCAAAUUUCGUCGUCGUCAAGCCAUACGUGAGAGACCCACCACCCGGGCCGAGGAAGAGGACGUGAUCCAGGGGACGCAGCAGCCACAAGAGAGGUUGACCAUGGCUGGAGGACCUGGCAGGAGGACUGACGAAGAAUAUGUCAAAGAUUUACCCAGUAAGAAGACCUCUAUUAUGAGCCAAGGAGCUCUAGGUCACCUCAUCACCCAAGUCAUAGAGGAGGAAAGCACUAGUGACCUAGAUUCAGAAAGAGUCUUGUGAGAGGUCAAGAAGCACCAGUGACCUUAACUCACAGAGAAUCUUGUGAGACUUAAGGUAAAUUCAAACAGUGUCAUGAGCUUAUGAUUAACUGUCUCGACCACUACAAUAUACUGUACUGUACUGUACUGUACUGUACUGUACUGAAAAUGUGCUAUUCUUUUUUCUACAACAUGAAUAUGUAAACAUAUAUCAUUCUAUUGUAUAUAUUACUAUUAUGAAUUGUUUGGUGAUUAGAUUCUCUUGUUGUUUGGCCUCAGUUCAAGUUUAAGGGAAAUCUGGAUGUUGUUUUGAGUUGUUGAAUACGUAAACAAGGCCACCUUGUUUAUUGUAUAUAGUAUAGUUGUAGGGGUUGAUUAUUAUGUAUAUAAAACGUAAUUUUGCAUGAUGUGAGUUCACUAGAUGUUAUGUUUAUACUGAAUAUUAAUGUUUUAUUCAUUUAUAUUUCACCUUUUGUUUAUAAGUUGAAGUAGACUACAAUUGUUGGCGGUGCUGUGCGGUUUUGUUGAUCUAACAAAAAUACAAUGAGUGUUUACUAUAUUUUUUUAUAUAUUCACAAUCGAUCAACCAAAUAUGUUAUGACUAUUUUACACUAAAUAUUUACAAUAAAGUGUAGUCGCAA